AAUCACCUUAAUUUCACCUAUCACUUUCCCAAACUUCCGGAAACUCAUAUUGCUCCCGAAAAUAUUGGAUUGGCUAUGAGAGACAUCAAUCACAGAGCCCGUCCACACCUCUUCCUCUUCCAGAACGGUUUCACUUCCUGUAGGGCCUGAAAAUCAAGUGAGAUGAAGGAGUGCACCAUACUUUACAAGAGAAUACAGAAAGGACAGACACCACAGAUAUAUCCUGACUGUCACCAAAGGAACAACUGGACAACGGAGAGAAGACAUCCAGUCCCUUCACAGCACUACCCAACACAGAGAUGGUUGGGCAGUGAAAUCAUCUUAUGGAAAUCAAUCAGGUCAGGGGAGCUUUGACAUAUCAUCAGACCUGAAACUGGUCAGUGGUGUGCAAUCUUCUUCAGAAUCAAUAUUUUUGAUGGUUCAGCUUUGGGUGAUUGAUCAGGGUAAUGUUGGGAAGAAGUGUGAGUGGUUCCAAGUGUGGUGAGAGCAUCAAUCAACUUCAUGAACUGACUCAUGAGAGAGUCAAGUGAGAGGCAAUUCAAGUGCCAGGCUCAUUUGAUCCCUGAAUAUACAGAGAGCAACUGUUACACAACAAGGAUAGCCACAUGGAAGAGAAACAAUUCAAGCAGGAGGUAUGUGACCAAGACUUCACACAGUCAUCAACACUCAUAGAUCAACAAAACAUUCACACUGUGGAGAAGUCAUUCAUUUGUGAAGUUUGUCAGAAAGCUUUUCCCCGAUCUUGCGAUCUCCUGAAACAUCAGAGGAUCCACACGGGAGAGAAACCAUUCAAAUGUGAGGUGUGCGACCAGGCCUUCACACUAUCAUCGACACUUGUGAAUCAUCGACGCAUUCACACUGGGGAGAAGCCAUUCAAGUGUGAGGUGUGUAGUGAGGGUUUUGCUCAAGCAUCAACCCUGUUGUAUCACAGACGCAUUCACACAGGGGAGAAGCCAUUCACAUGUGAGGUGUGCAACAAAUCAUUCUCGCACUCAUCUUCCUUCCGAAAACACCAACGCAUUCACACAGGGGAGAGGCCAUUUAAGUGUGGGGUGUGUGACAAAGCCUUUACCAGCUCAACAUCAUUCCUGAUGCACCAGAGGAACCACACAGCAGAGAAACCCUUCAAGUGUGAGGAAUGUGACAUGGCUUUCACACAAUCCUCUGAUCUCCUGAGACACCAGAGGGUCCACACUGGGGAGAAACCCUUCAAGUGUGAGAUGUGUGAUAAAGCUUUCACCCGUUCAGCAACACUUGUGAGACACCGACGCAUGCACACUGGGGAGAAACCAUUCAUAUGUGAGGUUUGUGAGAUGGCUUUCACCCAAUCCUCUGAACUCCUGAUGCACCAGAGGAUUCACACUGGGCAAAAACCCUUCAAGUGUGAUCUUUGUGACCAAGCUUUCACACGGUCAGCAACACUCGUGAAUCACCGACGCAUUCACACUGGGGAGAAGCCAUUCCGAUGUGAGGUGUGCAACCAAGCUUUCGCACGGUCAUCAACACUUGUGAAUCACCGACGUGUUCACACUGGGGAGAAGUUAUUUGUCUGUGAGGUGUGUAAUGAAGGUUUUACACAAUCAUUGGCAUUGGUGAAUCAUCAUCGCAUUCACACAGGGGAAACCAUUCCCAUGUGAGUUGAGUUUUCUGAGCCAUUGGUAUCUUGGUGCACACAGGUGGAAAAUGUUUAAUUGUGAGACAUAUAACAAAACUUCACAAAAUCAUCGUUUUAUGCCUCAUCGCAGAAUCCACAUGGGAGUAACUCUUACAAGUAUGAGGUUUACAAUAAACUUUUUGUGAUGUUUUCAACCUUCCUGGGGUACAAUGUUUGUGAAACAGUAUUCACCCCCUUCUUUGUUCUGAAAAAGUACCAGUUGAUCCACAUCAAUGAAAAAUCAAUCAGGUCUUACAAUAUAUUUCCUGUGGUAAAUUCUAGUAAGAAAACUCAUGUUUAAUAAUAAGUCUGCAGCCUCAUUACAUUUUCUGAUCAAGUAAUCAACGUAUUUGAGUCAACUCAAUGUUAUACAUAUAUUUUGAUUGUAAUUAGUGUCACUGUUGUCAAUGACUAACUGCAACCGUUGUCUGUGAAGAUACAACUGCAACCUGACAAGUGAAAUCUCCCACUUGACCGAAACCAAUGUGCAAUGCUAUGACUUACGCAUUUUAAUUUAAUAGUAUAGCUAUUGCUGUGAACUCAAUCAAUGUUUAAUGGACUGCUGUCUGCAGUCAUUAACCUCUCAUCAAUGAACUUUUAUCAGUUGAACUCAAUAUGCAAGAUGCAGAGGGGUGUUGAAAAUGUCCCUUUGUUUGAGCAAACAGCUAUGAAUUUCCAAGCUUUCAGUUCUGUGUCCUGAAUUAGAUUAGUCUUUUAAUAAUAACAGUAACUUGUAAUGUCUAAAAGAAAAACACUUACUUUCCUUCAAAUUAUAUAAUAGCUUUGGUUCUGGAAGGUUACAAAUUAAGUUUUAUUUUAAUUAGCAUUGUGCAAUUUUUGCUGUAGUUACUUAUAAACAUGUCAGUUUUUGUCAGUGAAUCUCCUGACAUUUUUACACACUGUAACUCUGCACUGACUUCUGCAUGCUAUGUGUAAAAUUUUAUGUAUGAAAUAAGUUGGUAAUUUUUCUGAGUCUUAAAGCUGUGUACCAUUUUGUAACUGUUAAAUUUAAUUAACCCAUGUCCAGUAGUAGCAGUUGCUGUGGAACUCUAUAUCAGUGAAACAGUACUUUGGGCUAGAACGCUACAGUUCUCAUUGAAACAAGCAUUUACUAAAGUAUCUACAGGAUUGAGACUUCUAAAUGAAUUUAAUAUUUGAGGACAAUGAGCCUCAAGUUUAUGUUAGGCAGCAGAAAUCACCAGCUCCCCCUUAUCAAAACAACGCGUAUAAGGAGACAAUCAUAAGGAAUCUCACUAUUUGAGUAGAAAGAUUGAAUUCAAGAGUAACUGCAUUGUAAAGAGAGGGACGGCUUGCUAAGUGACUGGAACCUGAGUCAGCACUUAACAGUCAGUGACAUCAAUAGUGGCUGCCAUCCCUAAUCUAUCAAACACUGCCUGAUCCAAUCAGAGACAGAUCAAACACUGCUUGACCCAAUCAGAGACUGAUAACACACUGACUGACCUGAUCAGAUACUGAUCUCACAUUACUUGAACCAGAGACCAGGAACACCAUUCAUCAAGAUCAUCAGAAAAUGCAUUAAAAGUCAGUGGCUUUCUGCUACAAAGAUGCAGAGAUUGAAGAUGACAACUCAUACAGACUGGAAAUUGUAUACAGCUUUUAACAGGAAAUGUUAUUACAUAGGAGAAAAACCACAUUUCAACUGACCCCCAAGGCUUAAUCAAGUAGCAAGGCCUGUGCUAAGCCACUAAAGUCAUGGCCUAAUAUUAACUGUUACCCUUUGUUACUGAAUAAAUAUUUCUUGAAUUUA